GCCACAGAUCGAUCGACGCUCUCCUCAGAUCGACGCUCUCCUCAGUCAGACUCAGCAAGAGGAUCCAGAGACGAUGAUGGAGCGAGUUCGGCUGUGGAGGGUUUUCAUCCUGUUGCGACUCUGUGGUUUGUGUUCCGUCGGGGCUGCAGGUGAAGAGUGGAAGAAACUCAGACAGGACAUAUCCGAGGCUGUUGACGGACACACUCCCUGCAGCCCUGUCAACUGUAGCUGCCACCUGAGUGUUCUGCAUCAUGACCUGCGGCCCUUCAAAGCUGGAAUCUCCGAGGACGUCAUGGCUGCGACGGUCCAGAGAGGCGUGGGGACACACUACCAGAUCAUUGGUCACAAGUUGUACAGGGAACACAGCUGCAUGUUUCCUGCAAGGUGCAGCGGCGUGGAGCACUUCAUCCUUGAGCUGAUCGAUCGGCUUCCCGACCUGGAGAUGGUGGUGAACGUCAGAGAUUAUCCUCAAGUCCCCAACUGGGUGCAACCGACUCUGCCUGUCUUCUCCUUCAGUAAGACGUCGGACUACCAGGACAUCAUGUAUCCGGCCUGGACCUUCUGGGAGGGUGGACCUGCUGUGUGGCCCAUUUACCCCACGGGACUGGGGAGGUGGGAUCUGAUGAGGGAGGAUCUUCAAAAGUCUGCAGCUCAGUGGCCGUGGAGGAAGAAGGAGUCCAGGGGAUUCUUCAGAGGCUCACGGACGAGUCCAGAGCGAGACCCGCUGAUCAUUCUGUCCAGAGAAGCUCCGGAGCUGGUGGAUGCCGAGUACACGAAGAACCAGGCCUGGAAGUCUGAGAAGGAUACACUCGGGAGACCCCCGGCCACAGAAAUCCCGCUGGUCGAUCACUGCAAAUACAAGUAUUUAUUCAACUUCCGGGGCGUGGCCGCCAGCUUCCGCCUCAAACACCUCUUCCUCUGCGGCUCUCUGGUGUUUCACGUGGGCGACGAGUGGCAGGAAUUCUUUUACCCUCAGCUCCAGCCCUGGGUCCACUACAUCCCCGUCCAGCAGGAUCUCUCCGACCUCCGGGAACUUCUGCAGUUUGUGAAAGAGAACGACGUCAUUGCGCAGGAGAUCGCCACGAGGGGAAAGGAAUUUAUCUUGGAUCAUCUGCGGAUGCAAGAUGUUUCCUGCUACUGGGAGAAACUCCUCUCCGACUUCAGCCGCCUUCUAACCUACAAACCCAGAAGGAAGAGCGGCUACAACCAGAUCGUCCACAGAGGCAGCAGCAGCCGGACCGAGCUGUAAGACUCUGGUGAUGGGAAACUUUCCACAUAAUGAAUGUAACCGGGAUUCAUCGCGUUCCACUUCUGUCACAACCACACUACAGAUUUUCACCAGACACUUUUCACAUUUUGUCAUCAGUAUUUUCAAGUCUCAUAACUAUCGGAGGUGGAAUUUACUUCAGGUGCCAAAACAUGAGUUAAUCGUUUCCUGGUGCAAACCUUCUUUUUUUUUUCUGUUAUGCCAACGAUCUAAAAUCACCAGCAAAGAAAAAUCAUUCAGCAUUCCACCGAUUUUUACACGUCAAGGUGUGUUAACGACAGUCGUAUGUUUUCUGUGGAUCUGGAGAAAAUGCUAGAAAUGCAAGAUCCCACGUUUUUAUGUUUGUACCAAUGAUAAUAAUAAUGAUGAUAAUAAUAGUUAUUCUGCUACAUUUUUAAUGUAGCCCGUUAUUUUGGGAGAAUUCCUGAAAACUUUAACGUUUCAUUAUUGGAUACAGGAAUGAUCAAAGUAUGUCAGGGGGAGGGCUGAGUCAUCAAUGUAUCAUUGGUGUUGAAUAUUUUAGAAUUUAGUUUCAAGGAGUUUGAAUUUUUCCUUUAUGGCGCAUGAAGUUGAUCUGAUAUCUGCUACAUCGCCCUCUACUGGACAACUGGAAAAACUCCAGCAGACUGUUAACAUCACAAACCACAGAAGAGAAUUGGGACCAAGACAUGAGGGAGAAAAAUCAGAGGAGGAAUUUUUAUUCCUUUAGCAUUUUGAGAACAAAGUCGACUCUUCUGGUUCUUCAGAUCCAGUUUUCAUCCCAAAUUUAUGAUGUUUCUACAUCAGAGUUUUCACCUCAGUCUUUUAAAACAACUAACACUGAUCACUACAUUGUUUAUGAACUGGAAGAGAAUUUUCUUGUUACUAAAACUGAUUCUGAAGAACAAUUUCACUAAUUAAUCUACACAAGGCAUUUUGUGGAGUCAGUCACAUGCACUAACUUUAAUAGUUGGAUAUUUUUUUCAACUUUAAUCUAGACAUUUCGACUUUAUUCUCAAUAUGCAGAAUUUAAAAGAAAAUUCUCUGAUGUAGUUUGACUUUAUUCUCAAUAUUCAAAUUUGUAAAAAAAAAAAAAAGAAUCUGAUUUAGUUUGACUUUAUUCUUGAUAUGCAAAAAACAGUAUAUAACAGGUCAGAGCACAAACACUGAAAAUGGAUGUACAAGUUUAAUAUGUUAUAAAUAGAAUAAAAUUAAAUGGAAAAGCUCAUAGAUACAGAAAUGACAAGAAUAAGAAAUAUACAAUUCAAUAGAAUAGAUAAUUUAGAUUAAUUGAUAAUUCUCUUUUUUUCUUAUGCCUGGUCCUGAUACUCUUCCAUAAUGUACAGUGUCAUUUACAAACCUAUGCAAACAAUGUUUUCCAACGUAGGUUUCAUAACUUGAAAGCGUCAGUCCACACAAAGUGCCGACAACCGUUAACCAUGGUGACUUAAACUCUUCUUUCUUUUUAUUUUUAUUUUAGGAAUGUGUGAAUUAAUAAAUGUGCGUCUGUGUCGAGACGACCAGUGAUCGACAGGAAGGUGUUGAAUAUGUUGUAGUAUUCACGUUGUGCUGUAAAGUAGUCGCACUCUAAUUUACAUGUGGUUUGUUUGAAUGUUGAUUUGACCAGGAAGCUGUGAUCAUGUGACCUACAAAUUGUUUUUCUUACGUUAAUAAAAUGUAACAUUUUCA